AUGGAGGAUAACGAAAAAGGUAGAUAUAAUUCAUGGACUCAGGAUGAAACAAAAGUAUUGAUUAAAUUGCUUGUGGAGACAAUUAAACGUGGAUGGCGUGAUUCUAGUGGUGUAAUAAACAAGGCAACGGUAGAAAACAAAAUACUACCAGUACUCAAUGAAAGAGUUGGAUGUCAGAAGCUCCACAAGCAUUAUCAAAGCAGAAUAAAGUUUUUGAAAAACUUAUACAAUAGUUAUGUUGAUCUUCAACGUAAUAGCUCUGGAUUUGGAUGGGAUUUUGAAACAAAAAGGUUUACAGCUUCUGAAGAAGUGUGGCAAGAAUAUCUGAAGGCACAUCCAAAAAACCAGUUUAUGCGCUAUGGCUCGCAUGAACAGUUUGAAGAUUUAAAGAUUAACUUUGAUGGUACAACUGCCAAUGGUGGCAAUUCAUUGGGAUUAAGUGAUACUACUGAUGCUAGUACUUACCUUGUUGGUGAUUAUCAAGUGAAAGAAAACUUUGGUGAAACCAGCGAUGAUGUUACUGAUGUGGCUUUUGUUUCAAAACAAAAUCUGAAAGGUCAUACAGAAAAAUAUGAUGCAUAUGUGUAUGUUUUUCUUAUUACACAGAUUUCAUAAAUCUUAUGAGUAUAGAUGAUAUUUUCAAAGUCUAGUCUUAUGAGUAAAAAUAAAAGGAAUCCACCUUUCAAUAAGAAUAGAAUUUAAUAGAUUAGUAGAAUCCAUAAUAACUAAACU